AUGGCGCACGAACAACACCAUAACAUCGUGACGGAACUCGUCGAGAGUUUUAUCGUCGAAGAGAACAAGGCGCUCCAUGACAAGCUACGUACGGCCAUGAACGAAGCGCAGGCGUUGCGUCUACGCCUUACUCGCCUGAACACGUUGUACAACAUGGCGGGAGGACUGAACGGUCGCAUGCAGCAAGAGCUGCGAGAUUUGCAUGCAGCGAUUGAGAUGAUGGAUCUGAUCGCGAGGGAAUAUUUCAUCAAUAACGCGGAGGCCCGUGCGCGUUGGGCCCCGUACUGUGCGUUCGAAGAUGACGAGUUUCAUCGUUUGAUUGCGGAAGCGAAUGCUGGAUUUCCGUCGGACUUGGCCAUCGUGAUGGAGCCAACCCAAGAAGAUGAAGAUGAUCGUGACUCGAUCAUCGACAUCUUGGAGCUGACGGAAAAGGAAAUGCGCGAUUUCAUGGAUGUGUAA